AUGGACUCGGGGAAUCGGGUGCACAAUGGGUCUGCGGCGCUGCUGCGGCAUGAGGGAGUGGAGGGCAUCCAGAAGUGGCUGAGAGUGAUCUUCAACAAGAUGGGCCAAGACUGGAUGCUUUCCUGUGUGUUCAUCGACGCGAGUGCGGCAGAGUACAGCGCCAUCAGGUCGGCUUUUCCUUACUGGAUGCCCGUCCACAUUUGCAGCCUGCACCAGUCCGAGGCUGUGGCAUCCAAUGCCAGCCGCCCCGGGAAGGGCCACGGACAAGACUUUGUAGCGUCCUUCAAGGAGCUGCAAAGCAUGUCCUUUGACCUACGGAAGGACUCGAACCAGACUGCCAAGCAAUUGGGCCAUCGACGUGUCAAAGGUGUCUCGGGGUACCUGCAGUGGACGAGCAAGGCCAAGCCGGAUAAGGAUGCGAUGCACCGGCACAUCGCGCGGCUGUUCAGCCUCCUGCCGUACAAGCAGGGCCUGGAGGCGGUGCACAUUCCUGGCACUUUGACGACGCUGCUGGCGCUGCUUCAGCGUCAUGAGAAAUACAACAAGGACGGCAUUGAGAAGUUGACGGGGCUGCAGCUGCCCACUGAGAGGGAGUGGAAUAUGUACACAGCGGUUGAGGUGCUGAAAGUCCUCAACCUCGAGAAGGACCCCCCUCCAGACGAUGCCAGGAUAGACAAGUACGUCGGCAUCGACCCCGGGCGGACCAAGAUGUUUACCGCGGUGGACGAACACGCCAACGUGACAUCCUGCUCAUCCAAGGAGUUUCACGCCAUGUUGGGGUCCAAGCGGCGGGAGAAGACUAUUGGGAAGUGGCACGCGGAGGCCCCAGACUAUGUCAAAGAGCUGCACAAGUGCCCAACCCACAAGACAGCCAGCACAGAGGUGCUUUUAUUGCGGGUUGCGUGGAUCAUUCCCUACCAGCGACGGGGCCUGGCCUGGCGCAUCUACAAGAAGCCCUUCCGCAAGCAGUGGCACCAUGCCUACGUCGGCAGGGAGCGGGCCAUCCCCCGGCAGGCAGAGCAGUUCCACGCCCCCCCGGGCAUGACUACCAUCGUCGGCGUGGGCAACUGGUCGGCCCAGGACGGAGGGGGGAUCAUGCGGGGGACUCCGCCGAGGCCCUGGAUACGUUCCUUGGGGCGCCUGCGGCGCGUGUGCAGGGUGGUGGUGGUUGACGAGCACAGGACUUUCAACUGUGCUGCGGCUGUCACACCUCCCUGCAUGCCCACCAGCACAAACAGGUCUGCGACGGCGUAG